CGACAAGCCCAUCAGGACCAGGCUUUCGCUGGAUUAGCUUACACUGCCGCGGAUAGACUGAGACAACAGACGGAAGUAGCGGUCGCAAAUGUUAUGGCUUGCCACACAAUUUCAUCCUUUUUUUGGAUCCUUCUAUCAGAACAAUCAAGACAAGCGAGUAGGGAAUUUGAAGCCCACUACAUCAAGGGCUUGUUAAGAUUGGUUUAGACUCUUUCGUUUGUUUCUCUUUUCGAACGGAAUUUUUAUACAUAAUCUCGAACGCUAGAAGGAUACUUCAGUAAGGAUGGAACAUGGAUAGCACUAAGAAUGAGUUGCGAGCUCUAGUCACCCUUCGCAUUAUUGAUAUUUUUGGUCGGGGCUGUAGUCCGGAGGAAAUGGUACUGUCAUCGAUUUAG